AUGAAGAUUAACGGAAAGCGAAAAUCAUCUCCGACAAAAAAGCCAACACCAGAUAAAGUAAAUGGUGAUCAACCCUAUGUAGAUUUCAAGUUCGUGUACCCGGAGGUAAAACCAACCUUUCAGAACGCCAGCCGGCCGAUGGGUUUUUAUCUCAUCGUUGUUGUCAACUCUGGGGCAAAAGGCGACGAACACAGGCGUCGCCGAGCGAGAAUUCGCGAAACCUGGGCAAACAGGAAUACAUGCGAGCAUUCAAACGCCAUGAAUAACCCCAAUUUGAAAGACAAGAUGUGGACUUUGGUGUUUGUGCUUGGAAAGGCGGGAGGAGAGGAUGACAAAAAAAACAUUGAAGAAGCCAAAGCACACAAUGACAUAUUGAUUGGUGACAUUAUUGAUAAUUAUUGGAACAACAUGGUGAAAUUGUACAUGGGCCAGCUGUGGGCUUCAUUGCUGGGCACGAGGUACACUCUUAAAACGGACGAUGAUGUUUACGUGCGCAUACCGAACGUUAUAAACUAUCUCGUUUCCCAGGGAUCACCCCCUCGAUUUUAUGGCGGGGGAACAUACCAUAGCUCACCUGUUUUUCGUCUUGGAAAGUGGAAGGUAAGCGAGGAAGAUGUCCCUGAAAAAAUAUGGCCGCCUUUCAAUCCUGGUGCGUUUAUUCUCUUCUCUGCAGAUUUGUUGGACAUUUUAAUGAGUUAUAUCUACAUUCGCAAGCCCGUUCACACUGAUGACGCAUACAUUGGAGUUGCCAUGAGAGACUUUAAAGUCAAAGUUGUUCAUAUUUUGUCAUUUGUUGUUGAGCAUCACAUGGCCACAUUGAUUCGUACAAAAGAUAAUUGCUAUAUGUUGAACGUGCUUGCAUAUGGCCACAGCGUGGAUAUUGAGGCGAUGGACCAUUGUCACAAGAGACUUGAGGAACUGUGUCAUUCCAAUACCACACUCAAAACAUUGAAAUGUUGAAAUUAAUUGACAUUUAAUUUAUUAAGAAACAAGCCUCGAUCCUUACAAAGGCCCUCAGGUUAUAUUAUAUUAUCCGUAUAAUGAUAAUAUCAAGUAAUUCU